AUGGCGUUCCAUGCUAGAUUCUUUAACCCUUUACCAGCCAUCUCUCUUUCCGAUUUGUUGGAAAUGAAACAAUGUCCAGAAGAGUCAGCCUCACAGUUCAUCGAAAGGACACGUCUAAUGAAGGGACAUUGCCCGACAGUCAUUGAGGAGAGCGAGAUGACCAACCUGGUGGUCAGGAAUAUGCAUACAGGACUGCGGGAGGCUUUAACGGCCCACAACGUUAAAGAUCUGGCCAAUUUAGCAUCCAAGGCGGGGAGGUUAGAAUCCUUUUUUAGAGAGAUGCAUGCACCAAACGACGAACAAACGGAAGAAGGAGACGUUGCCAAGCUGCAUAGGCAGUACGGUAUUGUUGUCAGUAAUUUUGUAGAUCUCAACACACUCCACCAAAGAGCUUGUGUGUAUGCUGAUCCGGCUGCACAUGUUAAUAGGGGGCUGAAGGCAAUGGUAGGAGCUGUUUUGGGAAAAGAAUUACCCAAGCCACUGCAUGUAACCCUAAGUAACUGGGAUUCAGAUUUUCUGACCGACGAACAAGUUGACUAUGCAGCUACUGACGCCUUUGUGACCCUUUUGUUGGGUAUUAGACUUACAUUUUUGAUAUAUCGAAUAUCACAGCCUUUCACAAUGUAUUUCCCUGUACGAUGGUUUCUGUAA